AAAGAAAGUCCACACUAGCCUCGCCUCGCCUUGCAUAACGGUUACGGUAUGAUCGUGUUUCUGAGGCUGUAAUUCACGUGAUGAGGAGCUGGCACUGAUUAGGUAACUCUAAACCCUACAUCUGCCUACAGUACCACACCAGAGCUUUUACUUUCCCUCCUAAACACCUGUAGUACCUGCUGAUGUCAAGCCCGCUAUUCUUCAAUGCAAGUGAGUUAUCGAAGCCACGGUUCUUUCGGAUUUUAAGCCGGUCUCCUCCUAUUUGCCGUAAUGGAGAGUAAAGCCUUCGAGCUGACACCUUCCUCUGACAACAUUUCUCAAAAUGACAAGGCAUUUUCUGGGUAUCAGUGGACUUAUUUCUCUUCUCUACAAGAAGGUCCGCUUCGCUCACGGGCCGAGCUGUUUUUAGCAUCCGUGAAUUGGCCUGCACUCCUAGAAUACUCAGCUAAGAAGCGGCAUGGAAUCAACUGCACACUACUUCCGAAUAUUGGCCUUGGCUACAACCACAUAGUUCGUAUUGUUGAAUUUGCAGAUGAGACUCGAUGGGUGGCGCGACUCCGAAUGCCUCCUCUGAUAAAAUCUGGUUCCGAUAAAGACGCUCUGAAGAACACAAUGAAUUGUGAAAUCAACGCAAUUUCUCUUGUGCGUCAAAAGACUGGAAUACCUGUCCCUCAAAUCCACGCAUUUGAGGUGGAAAGCGGUAACAGCGUGAAAGCACCAUUCAUGUUAAUGGACUGUCUCGAGGGUAAUGUAGGAAUGGAUUUGGGCAUGAAGAUACCGCCUGAGUACAAGCAAGCCUUUUUGAGCAGUCUAGCAAAGAUACAUGUCCAGCUAUCCGCGGUGCAGCUACCUAAGAUCGGGACAAUUGUGUCGAUAAAUCGGGACAGCACUUACCAGCAAGGUCCGAUACCAGGGCUGGGGGGCCCUUUUGACACAGCAACUGAAUUCUUCAAAGCAUGGGCAGCAAAAGUUGAAUUUGGUAUGUCAGACGAGCAAUUACGAGCAGCAUCCGGCCCAUACGCUGCCGAAAUUAUUCCCUCGGUCUCCUCCUUCGCAAAAGCCAUCAAUGAGCUAGCUGGUAGACUGUCUAUCCGCGAUCGCGGCCCAUUUCCUCUCUGCCACGGUGACUUUGGCCACAACAACGUGAUCGUCAAUGAUAGAUAUCACAUACUCGGCGUAAUUGACUGGGAAUCAGCCUUCGCUGGGCCGUGGGAGGUAUUUGCAGAUUUCCCUUUGACAUUUCAAACAGUUCCACCUGCUAUGGAUGCACCAUGGAAUUAUGAUGAAGAAGGUUCUCCCCAGAGUACCGACUUGAUACAAAAGUUUGCCGACCAGAAAGCCUAUAUGGCGGCUGUGAGACAGGAGGAGAAUAGAAAUGAUGGAAUUAGCCUUUGUCUAUCGGAAGCGCUAGGGGAUUCAAGAAGACGGCAAUUGGCAACUGCGAUGAGGCUGUAUCAGAAUGGAAAGGUUGGAUGGUACUCCAAACUGAUCGACGAGUUUCUCUCAGAGUUAAUCUCCUAA